CGUCCCGAUCAAUAAAACCAUAAAAACGAUUGAGAACCCUCGGGAUUUGUUCUCUUUGUCGACUGACGGGCAUGUUAAGGUUUAUGUUUAACCAUAUGUAGCCCUCACACGGUAAACUCUAUCCCUUCCAUACCGACCGCGCAUUCGUCGCGUCAUCGAGGCUGACAAUAUGGCCGCUAGUGGUCACGAAGUGGUUAAGAGUUGAUUUUUUAGUUUUUUUCCGGCCAUCAUGUGCAAAAUUAAAAUCAUGAUUAUUAAUUAUUAUCCACUGGGUUGCAAACAACAUCAAUAGAUGUACAAUGAUGUACGAACGAUGUACAAUCAUGUGCAUUAGUCAGUUUUUCCAUUUGCAACCCCUCGCCGGCUAAGGACGUUGGGGUUUCUCAAUAGAAAACACGAAUGUACACAUGUUGUUGACAUCGUAGAGUGUUAAUAACGAUUUAACAUGCGAGAAUCAUCGAAAUUAAGUGCAAUUAGUGAAGAAUGUGUCCAGCAUCACUUGAGGAUCAUAGAGACACUGUUGUCACGAAGUGAACAUGCGGUUUAGGGAGUUGGGAAAGGUUGUGUCGGUCUAGUCGGUGUCAGGGUGCACCUGUUGAUUAUUUACUAUUAUUUUUCUGUAAGUGAAAGCCCAAUUGUGAAAGUGGAAAGUGAUUUUUGAAGAUUUUACGUGUGUUGGAUGGGAAAUUCGGGGCAAAAGGGGUACAGACCGCCGCAGAGAGCGUAUACCAGCCAGUGCAGUCUCAGUAAUAUUAUCAGCUGCACUGGGACAACAGAGUCAGUUUAUGAGGAAUGUAGGCCCUGGUCGAGAAUAUCCCGAAGAACAUGGAGUGAAGGUACCUUGAAUGAUCCUCUGAACUCCGCGAAGACAGCUUGGCCUGUGCCGCGAUUCGAAGCCAUAUUCCUUCCUGAAUUCAAAGUCAGAGAGGAACCGAUUAAAAUUCACUAUACGUUUAUCGAAAUAAUAUCCAAAGGAGCCUAUGGAAGGGUCUACAAGGUUGAGGAUAAGAAGGACAAGAGGGUUUACGCCCUGAAGAUGAUCAGCAAGUCCAGAAUUGUCGAGGAAAAUGCAGUCGCUCAGGCUAAACAAGAGGUGGGUAUCCAGAGGGCUGUGGGUCACCACCCCUUCAUCGCACACUCGGCACACCAUUGGCAGGGGAGAAAGACCCUUUACAUAUUAACUGAAUUUGUGGGAGGUGGAGAACUCUUCGAACUAGUCGAUGAACACAUCACGUUACCUGAGAAAGUUGUGAGAAUUUACGUCGCUGAAAUAGCACUGGCCAUAGAUUUUUUACACAAUGCUGGGAUUGUCCAUCGAGACAUAAAAGCAACGAAUGUACUUCUAGACGAUGAGGGACAUGCAGUAUUAAUUGAUUUUGGACUAGCAAAGUGGUUGAGACCACGACACAGAACAAACACCUUCUGCGGAACUCCAGAGUAUAUGGCUCCAGAACUACUAAAAAGAGAGUAUUAUGGGCACGAGGUUGACUGGUGGUCAUUGGGGGUCCUGACCUGUUUUCUUCUCACCAACAAGUAUCCGGUGACGAUGAUUAAGGAGGAUGUGGAUGAUGAGGGGAAUGCGGGUGAAAUUAUCGCCGGAAUUUUACCCGAGGGAAUUGAGAUAUCCAGAGCAUCUGAAGAUCUUCUCCGAAGAUUACUGCAACCAGAUCCCAGAGUUAGACUCAAAUCGAUCUUGGAGCUGCAGAGAAUCGCCUUUUUCAUGGGUUACAUCGUUCGGGAUUUCACCCUUAAGGAGGUAUCCCCAUUCAGAAUUUUGGGAAGGAAAUUAGCCCCAGGUUCUGGACGAAAGGCUCCCGACACCUUCAGGGACUUUGACUCCUUCGUUGGUGGCAGCACAAACAGAAAAUGGGACUGAAUCUCUUGGAAAAAUAGUCAAGGAAGUGAAUACCUCAUCUUUAAACGUAAGAAUAUUUAUCCAUUAAAUCUAUUCAAUUCAUGAAAUAAAUUUGAAAAUUAUUCCCAGAUGAAAUAAUUAAAAUUUACCAAUAAUUCAGUUGUUUCUCUCAUGUCACACGUUAUGUGCGACUUAAAUGCUUUUGUGGUAUCAUUAUUUGUUGAAACAUUUUCCGUCAAGUUCCUCCUCCUCCUCCCCCCGGAUCCUUUCAGGUGGGUAUAUGUGCUAUUGAUGAAUUAUGAAAAUUGUAAAAUUAAUUAUUACUGUUGUGUGAUAAUUCAACCAUUGAAAUAGAAAUUUAUUAAUUGAAUCAAAGAUAAUUUUCCGAUUUCCUAAUCACCAGAUCUCAAAAACUAAUGAUUUUAGGAAAAAAUGUCAUGAGAUAUUUUUUGUAGAGAAUUUCCUUCUGUGCAAAAAAUAUCCUCUGACAUUUUACCGUAAAAUCAAUAAUUUCCGAGAUAAUUGCACAUUUAUUCGAGGUUGAGUCUGAAACUUGUAAAGAAAUUUUUUGGAAAAAUUAAAAAAUCUAAUGCUUAACAUUAAUAUCACAUCUAUCAGGAAGAUAAUAAGAAAGAAAUAAGACUCAUAAAAUUCCGAAGAACACUUUUUUUUCUUUGACGUCACUUGAUCUCAGUUUACAAAAGUUUUUUCAUAUUUUUUUUCUCAAUCAUUUUUUUUGUCCAUUUUUGUCUUUAAGAAUAGUUAACAGUAUUUUUGUUACAAUUAUAUCUCAUUAAUAAUUCAUACAAUUAAUUAAUUCAUUGCGAUAAUCGAUAGUGCGUAAAAACUAAUAACAAUGGAACAUAAUAAAAAUAAUAAAAAUACAAAUUAAGGAUUAAAAAUUUGAUUAAAAAUUUCUCAUCGUCAACUCGAUGAAUUACAAGUUUUCUUCCGUCGAGUUUUAUCAUUCCUUUUUAAUUCUCAUCUCGAAGAGUGCAUUACCAAUGGUUACAGUACAAUUAUUAUAUACAGUAGGUGUUUGCCCUUAAAAAUUAUUGAAUUUUCUUAAUCUCGAUAUAAUACAUUGUUUCGUUCAUUCGAGAGAAAUGAGGAAAAGAGUGAAAUUUCUCGUCUUCGAUUUUUGUCGAUAUCUCGAGAACUGGAGGUGCUGGACAAAGGGGGUUCUUAUCGCUCGAGGUGGGAGAAAAACUUCCGAUCUAAUAUCCUGGUCAUACGUCCUUUUAUCUCAACAAAUUUCCCUGAUAACCGAAAAACACGAUUUCAAUGUGAAAAUCUUGCUCUCACCACACUUAUCUCUCCAUAAGUAAGGGGCAAAAUGGAGUUGUUUUUCUAUCUCAUCGGAAAAUUCCCUGACUUUUUAAUGAGACGUUGGUGAAGGUCGUAUGUCCAAUGGCUCUCGAGAUAUUUGAGAAAAAUGUGAAAGUAAUUGUUAUCACUCGUCUACUCACUUCACUGUGUCACAAAGGUCUGGGUAAUUACUUCUCUCGCACAAUCUGGGGAGUUUCUAUCUUUGAAGGCUUCUGAGGGAGACAAAAUGGCGACCACUGAGGUGGAAAUUUUUUUAAUAAUUUUUUCUCCACUUGAUUUUUUUUAAAGUUUUUUUUUGGUUGUGGGAAUCAAAAUUUUUGGGGUUUCUGGUGAUCUUUCAGAGCUACGAGCCGGCAGUCGAGAAAGUGGAACCCUGUAUUAUUACGGAGAUGGAUAUUUCCAAUGUUAACCCUUCACUUAUAAUUUUUUCAGUCGAUUUAUUGAUAAUUUUUGGAAAUAUUUAUCAUUAUAAUGAAUGGAAAAAUCAUCUCAGAAUGUGUUUGGAAUUUUGGGAAAGGAGGGGUCCAUAAUACCCUAAUUAACGCGUCAUGAAGUGAAACGCCUAUUUUGCCCCAUUAUUUCACAAGUUCUGGAAAAAAGCGAAAUGAUUUUUAGUGAUUGUCCCAUUCAUUCGAAAGAAAAAAUUUCCGGGUUUUCCUCCAGUUGUCCCUGCAUUUUCCGAUUUUCUACAUCACAAUUUUACUCACAUUCCGUCAGUUGUUUGUCUAAAAAUAUUCAAACUGAAUUUUCAGUAAACACAGAAUUUCCUUAGAUUCCCCUCGGAUUUCCCGAGUUUUUUUCAAAUUUUCAGCAUUUUCUCGUCGUCACUUCCUUACAGACAGCAAUUUUCCAUAUUCAUCUCCUUUUUUCCCUCCAGCAUAACAAAAAUGAUUGAAUCUUCAAUGGAAGGUAUUUUUUCCUGAAUUUUCCUCAGAUUUCCCACAUAUUCACUCCUCGAUUCUCCCUGGACAUUCCCAACUUCCGAAACCGAAAAAUUUCCCCGGUAUUUUCCCCAAGCUUUCCCUGAAAAGCUUCUUACUGUCCCUCCCCCCCAUUUGGCCACAAAAACCAUCUUUUUAUUUUUAAAAAAUCGCAAGAAAAUCUAUUCACUGAAUUUUCUCCGAUUUUUCCAAAUUCAGCUCGUGAAUUUUCCGAGACCCUCACAGUAUCCACACAUAUCCUUUCCCCCUACAAAUUCAUUAAUUACUCCAUUAUAUAUAUAUUAUAUAUGCAGCAAAGGUAGCAUUUUAGCAUUUCUUAUUCUAUCGCAAGUGUUUUUUUAUAUUAUUUAUAAUUUAUUUACAGAGAAUCAUCAAUCGUUUACUGUUAUAAUUAACUGAUCAAUUAAUCGUAAGUUUAUCAUACAUUUUUAUAUAUUUAUAUGUUUCACAAAAUCACACGUUUUUUUCUUUUUUCAUUAGCCUGUGAUUUUGGGCUUGGAAAAAGAGAAAAAAAAAUUUGUUCUAAUGCUCAUUAAAACUGUUUUUCACAAAAUUUUUUUUUUCACUUCUCAAUUUUCAGUUUUUUUUAUUAUUGCGACUACACAGUAGUCGUUGGUGAUUGACCGAUGGAACGAGAGCCUUUGAAUACAUUUUUUUGGGUUUUUUAAAAUUUAUUUUGUGAAGGGAGUGAAGUUUGAGAAUUGAAUUUUUCUGUUUUGAAAAUUCAAUUUUCGAAUUUUCACGAGUUUUUUUCUCACUUUAAUAUUAAGAACGUUUUUCUUCUACAUCUCAUCUACGGUUACUCGAACAGUAACUCCUCGAUGAUGCUGGAUGAUCACCGAGGAGGGGAGAAUAUCGAAUUUACUUGAUUGUGUGAUUUCAGGGGAUGAAUGCAUUUUCAUCGAUUCGUAAUGGGAUUUAUGAACCCCCAGAACGUAAGGGGAGAAUAAAACCGAUUCCUCUUGAUUAAAUGAUUCUGUAGCAAAGUGAUGAAAUAAAAUGAAUUAUCUGUGCCUCCAGGUUUCGAUUGAUAGUUAAAAAUGGCGUCAUUAGAGAGCUAGGGAAAUUAAUGAGAAAGAAAUUGACAGGACCCAUAUUACCCCAUCGCAGAGGCUGAAAACUCUCGAAAAUUGCGACUCGAAAAUCGAAGCGAUUGACAAGGUCCCAAUGCCAUUCAGCAUUAGAACCUGAUAGCACACCCAAAAGCGAUAAUUUCCCUCGAAAAUUAUUUCCUCACCCUUAAAGAACCCAGAAGGAUUGAAUGAUCGUUAAGCUGCCUUCCCCAUUUAGUGAAUAGAACUGAUGAUAAUGAUUCAUCCCCUUCUCAUUAAAAUUCCACAUCAACCCAGAACUCACGUCCAAAGAUCACCUGCAUAAUCCUUCAUCCCUUAAUACAUAAAUUUUCAUUAUCAGUAAAUCCAAAAUGGCCGCACAGAGAAAGCGCCUUACUCGUACAAUUACGUCUCGUUGUUUUUUUGUGUUCAUUAAUAAACACAAAAUUUAUUACUUGUCUAUUGAAAAAUUGUUAAACUCACAUCAUCGCUACGGUUUAUCAUCAAUACCUCCAAUGAUUGAAAAACAUCGAAAAUGGCUUUUCUUGAUUAAAACAAAUUCAUUUUCCAUCUUUUAAUAAUUUUUUUUCUGUUUUUUCGGUUUUAAUUGAGUAUUUUUUUUAUUUAGAAAAAUUAUAGUAAUCGUUAUCGAUGUGAUAAUCAACUCAAUGAUCCAUCACUGAUUUGCUUGAGGAAUUUAUUUCUUUAUCAAUUGCUUGAUUUAACCAAAAUCAAUAAUGUAACAAUUUCACUUUUAUGAAAAAUUGAUAAUCGUGCGAUAUUGCCCCCCAUUUCUGUACAUGUCAUUGCACAAUAUGCACUGUUCCUUCAUCGUUACGUGCUGACCACAUUUUGUAGCACGGAAUAAUUAAUUUUUAUUUUAAUGGAUUUAAAAACUGAAAAAAAGA